ACACAUUCUCAGUUCAAGGUCAUCAGUAGUUGUCUGGUUGAGGGUUUUGGUGAAAAAUGGAGGAUUGUGGAGAGAGCAACAUGUACUGGUGGAGUGACAGUCUUCACCAUCCCAGAGAGUGUCAUUGGAGUGGAGUCUGAACUCUGCAGUAAUAUUUCGGUACCCAGGAUACACAUACCCCGACUCACAGAAGUAAUCUUCUUCAACAAAUGGUGGGAUGGAUGUAAUAUUAUUGCCGACUUCACAUGGACAGUUAAAGGGUGCUGGUGUUGUAUAAUUCUCCACUGCUCCAUUAGCAAAUGUCCAGAUGUGUUGUCGAGGACUGUCAUGCAUUACAGCCACACCACUGACAUAGACACUGUCAAUUGUAGUGUGUCCACCUCUGUUAUACCCCCAGAAGGCUUCAGGUGUUCCAUACUGGUAGGCUCUGAUCCUGCCACACACCUGACUGUAUGGUCCUCCACUGACAGGGAAGAAGACUGAGUCACAUGUCUCAGAUCCAGGACUAACUCUGCCACAAGUUCUCUUGGAGUAUCUAGUGAGCUGCCAGCCAGAGGGACAGCUGGUGUUGGGGUCUGUCAUAUCCAGGUAGACUGCACGUCUCCAGUUUGCAGUACCUCCACAUGUGUAAACAGGAAGAUCGUCGAUCUUGUCACAUAUCAUGUUAGCUCUGCUAUUGAGACCGUUUAACCCUCUCUCAAC